GCGUUGCGUAAUUAUGGAUUCUUGAAUGUAAUGGUAAAUACCAUCGACUCUUAUCAAGGCAUGGAAUGUGAUGUCAUCAUAAUUUCAAAUGCACGUACCACUGGCAUCGGAUUCCUGGCAAACUAUCAGCGCUUGAAUGUGGCUUUAACUCGACCGAAAAAGUGCCUUAUACUGUGUGGAAACUUCAAAAAUUUGGAGGCGGUGCCGGCUUGGCGUAGCCUGUUAGCCUCGGCACGCGAGCGCAAAUUGUACCAUGAACUUAGUGCCGAUUGUAUGGACGAUAUGCACCGAAGUGUUAUUCCAAAGAUCAAGAUUUCAAAACCGACAGUAACAGCAGAUACGGCGACAGCAACAACAAGGAAGGAGUCACUAGCGGUAGUUCCUACAUAAAACCAAUGAGAAAGCGAAAUUCAGUCAGAUGAGGAUGUAAUCGACUCAAGGCUGUAAAAUAUUAUUUUCUACUGUAGGUACUCCAUUCACUAUUUACAAGUGAAUAUUUCUUUGCGAAAUCGUUUUACUUUAAUUUACAUAUAUAAAAUUAUAAGGCAUGUACAAACAAUGUUAAAGAGCUUUGAAAGUUUUGUUACGUAGAAUCUUAAUAUAGACUGGAAUAAUUCCACAUUUGUCAUA